UCUUGCUCAUGGAUGGUUUACAGGGAAUAAAUCAUCAAACAAGCAACCAUAAGUCAUUGGGAGGAGUUCUCUAUAAAUAUGCAAAGUGAUGUUGUAGUAGGUAAGUGUGAAAGUUUCAUCCUGUGAGCAGCUUCUCCAAAUCCCCAGAAACUUUUAAUUAUUUCAUAUUUUUUUGAGUUUUGUUUAAUUGAUGCAAGAUGACCCUGAAGAAGAUAACAUGGAAAUCUGUCAUCUUCACUUGUUCAAGGAGCAAGAGCUCCCCGCUGCCAGAAUCCGAUAUCAUCGAUAAACAAGCUGUGAAACAAUUAGCUUCAUUUCAGAGGCUCUCUCUCUCGGAUUUAAGCAAUCCCAGUUCACCACUUUCUGCCGAUGAUUUAUCCAAUUCUGUGAUUGGCUCAAAGCUUCAUGUAUUCACACUGGCGGAGCUGAGAAUAGUGACAUCCAAUUUCUCCAGGAGUAAUAUGCUUGGAGAAGGCGGGUUCGGACCCGUGUACAAGGGAUUUGUUGAUGACAAGAUGAAGCCGGGGUUGAAGGCUCAGCCCGUUGCUGUUAAGGCUCUGGACUUGGAUGGAUUGCAAGGCCACAAAGAAUGGAUGGCAGAAAUAAUAUUUCUUGGACAACUGAGGCAUCGUCAUCUUGUUAAGUUGAUAGGAUACUGCUGGGAGGAUGAACACAGGCUAUUGGUCUAUGAAUACAUGGAGAGAGGCAGCUUGGAAAAUCAACUCUUCAGAAGAUAUUCAGCAGCCUUGCCAUGGUUAACCCGGAUGAAAAUAGCUCUAGGGGCUGCCAAGGGCCUAGCCUUUUUACACGAAGAAGAUAAACCAGUGAUAUACCGAGACUUCAAAACAUCAAAUAUUUUAUUGGAUUCUGAUUACACUGCGAAACUCUCAGAUUUUGGGCUUGCAAAAGAUGGUCCAGAGGGAGGAGAAACUCAUGUGAUAACACGAGUAAUGGGCACACAAGGUUAUGCUGCCCCAGAGUAUGUAAUGACUGGUCAUUUGACGAUGAUGAGCGAUGUUUAUAGUUUUGGAGUAGUUUUGUUAGAGUUGUUGACUGGUAAACGGGCAAUGGAUAACACUCGCCCGGGUCGCAAACAAAGCCUUGUGGAAUGGGCAAAGCCUUUAAUGAAGGAGCCAAGGAAGCUUGACAAGUUAAUGGACCCUAGACUUGAAGGGCAAUAUUCUGCCAGAGGAGCUCAAAAGGCAGUGGCAUUGGCUUACAAAUGCUUGAGCCACAACCCAAAGUCAAGACCUUCAAUGAGUGAAGUGGUCAAACUGUUAGAGUCCCUUCAGGACUUGGAAGAUUCAUUUGUUGUACCAUUUGUGUAUGUUGUGCCUAAUGAAAAUGAUAGCAAGGAGUAUUUUUCAAAUGGGAAAGAAAUAAAAAGAGGAGAAAAGGAUUCUAGGGAAGAAAAUGGACAGGAAAAUCAUCUCGGUUGGAGACAUCGGAUCAAGCUACCAAUGUCGAUGAUAACUCGAUCAAAUUCUAGUUUGUACAAAAAAAUUGUACAAACUCUAAACUCUCCCAAUCACCACAAGGGAAAAGACAAGGAUGAGUAAGACAACUCAUCCACAUUUUUACUUUCAAAAUUACUAAAUCAGUAUAUAGGAAUUACAACAAGUGUUUAUGAAAUUUACGUUGAUUUGAUUAUUAAUAUUCAGUAUGUGAAUAGGUUAUUUUGUAUACGUCACAAGGUUUAA